AUGUCUGCGCUGUUCUUCCCCCCUGAAGAGUUGUUAGGUAUUCUUCCAGUGGUUACAAAAGUGAGUUUAAUACUAGAACACAAACUCCAUUUUGACACAAUUUAACGUACGUCCAUGAAAAUGGAAUCCCACACAGCUGAGGUCAAUAUGCCAUUCAUAUCUUCUGCAAGUUCAAAGAAAUGGACCAUCUUUCCCAGUACACUGUGUAAUAUCUGAUUCUAAGGCUUCCUGAAGAAAGACUGUUUCUUCAAAAUGGUGGGAGGGGGCAGGUAAACACACAAACUCUCUAGAAAUAGCUUUAUCCAUGUUUGGUUAUGUAUGUUCACAGUCUAUAAAUAAAUCUGCAGAGUAUAAGAGGAGACUGGAAUAGGCUGGAACUCAAAUAGCACCUUAAGUUUCUUCAUAAUAAGAAAGGCAUUUCUCCACAAAAGUAGCUUGAAGAUACACUUCCAAACAGCAUAGCUGAAAACAAAUUUAUAUUUGCAGGGGAAUCUAUUCAGUUUUAGGUUAUUCAGUUUCAUGAAGAGAACAUCACAGCAGGCUGAGAUCACACCAAGAUUAUAGAUAACAUCAUCCAAGUCAAAAGCAGAAGGAUGGUGAAUGCAAUCCCCAGUGUCCUCUGCCCCAUUUAUUUCAAUGGCACUCUGUGUGGCUCAUAUUCCCUAGACUGGACUCGUUUAGGGACAAGGCAUCAUUUUGAGUUUUCAAGCAGCAUCCGACUACUUUUGUGUUCCCAAUGGUGCUUUGGAAUUGUGCUUUGUGAAUGACAGCCCCUCUAUGCUGUGUAACAAAAGACCUCUGAAUGCAAGGGGAGCGUCAAAAGCAGUUUGUAUUUUAGAGGGCAACAAAGGGAGGGGAAGAUUUGCUGUUCAGUGAGGGGGGAGGAGUCAAAGUUCCAUUGGUUAAGCAAAAGCCAACUUUUUCUUUAUGAGAAUCAUAAGGGGAGUAGCCUAAAUUGGCACCCUGGAUCACAGCACUGACUCACCUGUGUCAAAGCAGGUAUAACAACUUCUAUGGAAUACAGGAAGCUAGUCUUCCAUUGGUCUAUCUAGCACAGUCCUGUCUACAUCAGCUAUCUCCAACCUGGUGUCUCCAGAUAUUUUGGACUAUAGCUCCUAUUGUCCCUUUGGCCAAGCUGGUUGAGGCUGAGGUGAGUUGCAGUCCAGCAACUUUCUGGAGAGCACCAAGCUGGGGAAGGCUGGUCUGCCAAGCAGCUCUCUAGGUCAGGCUAUGGUAUUUCCCAGCUAGACAUGGUAGAUGCUAGAGAUUGUGCCUGGGACGUUCUGCAUGCAGAACAUGUGAUCUACCACUGCGCUGUGCUCCUUGCUAUUCCCCCAAAAGUUUUCUUCAUUCACUUCACUGGAUUAUUAUUUUUUAGGGAGGAUCUCUAGCCUACCAGAUGUUGCUGGACUCCAGAGUCCAUCAUUCCCAACCACUGGCCAUGCUGGCUGGACUGAAGGGAAUUGGGCAAUAUUGAAGGGUCACAAAGAGCCUCAACCUCUGAUUUAUGGGAGGUAUUCCAUGUGGAUUCUGCCCAUGACUGUCACUUGUACAAUAAUCAUUAGAUUUCAUAUUAAGUAACUAAAAGGCCAGAUGACUGAAGCACAACUUCACACGCAGCAGUGAGUGCUAUAGCAGGUCAUCUAGGUCUUUGCACUGUGAAAACCAGCUCUGACACAUGUUUAUCUAAUAAGCUAUUUUUAAAGAGUCCACUUCUAGUGAUGGGGCCGUUACAACUUCCCUUGCAAUUUGUUCCAUUUCCUAAAUAUUUUUAUGUUUAGAAAACUCUCUCUUACACUUAUCUUUCUUCCUGCAACUUUAUCCCACUUCCUCUAGCUAACUCCUCUGUUGCCAUGGCGAGUCACUAGCCUCCAAAUUUUGUCCAUCUGUGAGCUUGAAGACAGCUAGAAGGCCUCCCUUCUGUUCUCAGGACUAAAUCUUCCAGGAUGCGACAUUUCUGUUUAAUGUGUCAUGACAGAUUGCCAUAUAUUAGAAAGUGUUAUAAUUGUGUUUUCCGUCACCAUGGUUAUUUUCAUUUCCUGAUGUUUAGUUUCACAUUAGGCUAGAUUAUUUGCCCAUAUGUUGGAAACAUAAAGAAUAGUUACUUGCCGAAAAAUCCAGAGCAGGAAUGGGGAACCAUUUUCAGUUCAAGUUGCUUUCUGGACAAGCUUACAAAAACCACAUGCCAGAGGUAGGCAGGGCCAGAGGCAAAGACGAGCAGAGCAACUCAUGUGAAUUUCACUGUUAUGCAGCUGGCUAAUUUCUACACAUGCUCUGUAGCCACCAUCCAGACAAGAGGUAUUUUCAGAGUUCAAUGACACAUUGCAGCCAGGAAAGAACACUCAAGGAGAAUGCAAAGCAAGGCCAGGGAGGUUUGUACCCUGGGAAGAGGAGAUAUGGCUUGGGGAGAAUCACAAGGGCCAGCAAGAGGCCUUGGGGGCUGCAUUUGGCCCUCAGUUCCCCAUCUCUGAUCAGCCACUGAGUUCAGCCUGUACUAAGGUACAGUGACUUGGAUUCCAAGAACGCACAUAUUCCCAUGAAGACUCAAAGUGUGGUGUAGUAGUUUGGAUGCUGGACUAGGACUUAGAACACCCAUGUUCAAAUCCACAUUUGUCCAUGUAGUUCACUUGCAUACUCUCCAACAUUUCUCCAGUGAAAAUAGGUACAUCCUAUUAUUAUUAUUAUUAUUAUUAUUAUUAUUAUUAUUAUUAAUAUCCUGCCCAUCUGACUGGCUUGUUCCAGCAACUCUGGGUGGCUUCCAACAUAUAUAAAAACUUAAUAAAACAUUACACAUUUAAAAAUUCCCCUAUCCAGGGCUGCCUUCAGAUGUCUUCUAAAGGUUGUAUAGUUCCUUCUCUCCUGGGCUUGGGGGUCUCAUAACUCUAUACCCUCCAAUAUUUCUCCAAUGCAAAUAGGGACAUCCUAAGGAAAAACAGGACAUUCCGGGAUUCAAUCAGAAACUGGGGUGGCUUCUGUAAAUCUGCAACUGUCCCUGGAAAAUAGGGACACUAGGAGGGUCUGCACUUGGGGACCUUGGCCUGUCACUUUCUUUCAGCCUAACCUGUUUCAUAGGCUUGUCCAAGGAUAAGAAGGAAGGAAGUGCCAUGUAUACGAACUUCAGCACCUGCUGGAAUGGUAAGUGCCUGCAAGGCUUGAGAAGUGUCUUUUCAGUGAUGAUUCUGACUUUAGGAAUGCUUUCAUCAGAAAGGUACAACUCAACACACUAUGUUUUCAAGUGCCAGGUGGAAAACCUGGCCUUUUGUUGGAAGGCAUUUGGAUUGGCUAAAGCUAUUUGGUUUAUUUUCUGCAUUGCUGCUGCUUUGGGGUUCCUGAUUACUGCAUCAAUGAGCGAUUCUAUUUUUCAAUUUCUUCCACUGCUAUUUGUGUAUUUGCUCCUUUUAAAAAUUUGUUUACAUUUUUAAAGUUGCUUUAAAGUAUACAUUAGUUGUUUUGAGUUUAUCUAAAAGUAUUAUGGUGUACACAGGAACUGAUCUGCUGCAGAGACUUCUCACCUUUGGUGACUUUUAACACACAAAACCAGGAGCCUCAUAAAUAGCCUCCAAACAGACACGUACUUCACUUUAACAACCACCACUGUAAUAGAUAAGGAAAUGUAUCCGGUUAAUGCAAACUGGGUUAAAAUGCAUGUAAAGUCUUCAACACAUUUCAUACGUAACCUCCUAGUUAGAUAUUAGCAAAAGCAGUCAAACCCAAUGUCUGCUGAACUUUCUCGCUGUUUGCAGAAUCUGUAUUUUGCUAUGAUUAAUCAGAUUUACAAGAAUUUAACCUAUCCUGGACAGUUCUAGCAGCAAUGACGGCUCCUGCAGUACAGCGGCAGUGAGGCUGAUAGCUUCUUACGCCAGUGUGGAAUUGCACCAGAUUCUAAGUCACUUCUCUGUCUGCUGCCCACUGCUUAGCAUCUGCUGCUUAGGCAAGUAGAACUGGCUCUGAAAAUGACUCAGCACCUCAGUUAUUGGUUUGGACACAUGUUUGUUGCAAACAGGAAAUAGGGACAUAGCUCAGGGGCAGAGCAUCUGCCUUGCCUGCCGAAGGUCCCUGUUUCAAUCCCCAGUAUCUUUAAGUUAGGCUCAGACUCCAUCUGAAGUCCUGAAGAGCCACUGCCAGUAAAGACUAUUGAGCUAGAUGGACCCAGUGGUCUGACUUAGUAUAAGGCAGCUUCCUAAGCUUUUGAGGGCCUAUUAUAUAACCAUGAGUGACGAGUACUAGGUAGGGUGCGCAUUGGAGACCCAGCCAGCAAUAUAUUUGAUUGGCAUAAGUAAAUCUGUAGUGCGAAGACUCUCAAUUAUCUAGCUUUUAGGGAUGUAACACUUUAACCUUUAAUUUGGUUUAAUCUAUUUAUUUUGCUUGUACUAAGAAGCCAAAGUGACUUUCAGAAUGUCACAUUUCUGUACAGAUUCAUCUAUUUUUGUCUCUUUAGGCGAGAAAGGCUGUCAUUUUCCUUUUACGGUUAUUGCAUGUAAUUACAAGAGAAUUCACUUUAGAAGUGAGCAUUGUCCCAGUUUUAACAUUCCUUUUGUUCUAUUGCCCUUUACAGUCUGAGUAUGCCUGCAGAUAUCACCCUUAUAAAAAUGAGUACUAAGUUCUUCUUAUAAGUGAACAGUGUUGUAUUCCAAAGAUUACAUUCUAAAUUAGAAGGUGUAUCUUUAAUGAGCUAUACAGUGGUACCUCAGGUUAAGUACUUAAUUCGUUCCGGAGGUCCGUUCUUAACCUGAAACUGUUCUUAACCUGAAGCACCACUUUAGCUAAUGGGGCCUCCCGCUGCCGCCACGCUGCUGGAGCAGGAUUUCUGUUCUUAUCCUGAAGCAAAGUCCUUAACCUGAAGCACUAUUUCCGGGUUAGCAGAGUCUGUAACCUGAAGCGUAAGUAACCUGAAGCGUAUGUUGUUAAGUUGUGGGCGAACAUAUCAGACGACACAGCGAUUCUUCCAAAGCAGCUCUUUAUUUGUAAGCUGGAACAGAACUGAACUGAGGAGCUCAGUCAGCCUGCUUAUAUAGAGCUCCACUAGAAUGCAACAGUAACCAUAUUCUGUAACUAGCCAAUCACUGAACGUCACUUUUGAUCCUUCAUUUGCAUACAAACUAUUAAAUCACUGAACGUCACCUUCGAUCCUUCAUUUGCAUAACUAUCUACAGUAUCCCCCUGCUGGCCCAGGGUGAGAACUUCAGUACAUAACAUAUGUAACCCGAGGUACCACUGUACUUACAUUGGCCAUGUUGGCUAUGCACAGCCUGCUGACAGGCCCAAUGCAGAGACCCACUGCCCCACCCCAGAUCGAGCCCUGAAUCAAUUUGUGGGUAGGGCUAAUGUUAAAGUAGGGCUUAAACAUGCAUAACACGCAGCCAAAAAUAUUUCAUGUUUAUAAAAAUGACCUAGGGCAUUCAGAUCAGGAAUAUAAAUUGAACAGCUUUGCUUGCUAAUUCCUUUCUUAGCUAAGUGGUGAAGAAACACGUCCACCUACAUAAUCGUGCAUUUUUUUUAUAUUUUCAUGCUAUUUUUGUCUACUUACUCUCUAGAAUAAUGCAAUUUUAUUUAAUGAGGACCCUGCAUUGCAUCAAUGAUUAUGUAUGAAAGAACGUCAGGCCCAGAUUAGCAAAUGAAACGCAGAACUUUGGCUGAGUCAAACAAAGCGGUCCAGUCUCAAAGCACUUUCCCCAUCCGGUGUUUGUUUUAGGGUGUCCAGAUUUGCCCUAGGACUCGUUGGUGGCAGCAGUUGUUAAGAAACAGUCUUUGCCAACAGUUUACAUUGCUAAGUGGGCCUAUUAAUCAACUACAGCACUGUGAAUUUAAAAGCUUUUUUUAAAAAAAAACAAACCAACAACCCAGAGAAAACAAGGGUAAAAAGAAGUAAAUUGCAGGCAGAGAUCAGCAAUUGGAUAAUUCCCAAAGGACAGCUCUGGCACCUUGAGAAGUAACAGGUUUCCUCCUAGCUGACUCAGAUGCAGGAGUGGUAUUAGGAAGGUCAUGAAAAUGGGAUGUUGGGAAGUACAGUGGUACCUCGGGUUGCAGAUGCUUCAGGUUACAGAUGCUUCAGGUUACAGACGCCACUAACCCAGAAAUAGUACCUCAGGUUAAGAACUUUGCUUCAGGAUGAGAACAGAAAUUGUGCUGCCACCGCCACCGUGCGGCGGCAGUGGGAGGCCCCAUUAGCUAAAGUGGUACCUCAGGUUAAGAACAGUUUCAGGUUAAGAACGGACCUCCAGAACGAAUUAAGUUCUUAACCCGAGGUACCACUCUAAAGAGGGAAUCUAGCUCACCAUCCUCUAUUCUCUUCCCUUAAAGGCUCUCCUGUUAACACCAUCUGCUGAUUAAAGAUUUAAAACAAAAUGUACAAGGAUACAGUAUUAAGAAAAAGUUUUCUUAAUACAAGAAAGAAAUAACAGGAGGAAGGCAGCAUAAAAUUGGUUCAUUGUUAAGCAUCUAGAAAACAAAUGGACAACGACAACAUGACGUAAUUUUACUAUGAAGUGCCUACAAAAUCAUCUUUAGAUGGGUAGGCACCAUUUUUUUGUAUCCCCCCUCCCAACAAAGUUGUGAGUUGUGGCUAUUGUCAUUAUAAAAUAUCCAUCUUUGAACUUUGCAUGUUUAUUGCAAAAGCAGCAUUUGUGUGUGUGUGUGUGUGUGUGUGUGUUUUUAAAAAUCCCAUUCCAAUCAAUGUUGGUGUUUAAGAAGAACUGUUAAUGGUAGGCUUAUUUGCUAUGUUGAAAUAAUGAAUAGAUAAAAAUCUGUACACUGCCUCAAAACAUGAGAACUGCAUCAGGGUCAUCCAAUUAAAUUGAUAAGACAGCAGGUUCAGGAAGGCUAAAGGAAGCAGCUCUUUGCAGAAAGUAUAAUUACCUAUGGGAUUCAUUGGCAGGCAUGGUGUGAUGGCUACUGAAAUAGGUGGUUUAAAUAAUAAUAAAAAUGUUUUAAGUACCUAUUAGAUCUGAUAUCCAGCAAUGCAAGCUCCUUGUUUGGAUGCAUUUUUAUUUCUAUUUUGCCUAUCAGGUGUUUGGUAAAAGCAACACAAAAUUCAUGCACUACCUUGCCAUUUGCUUCUGAGUAAAAGGUAUAGGUAAAGGACAUACUUCACUAUGGAGUUGCGGUGCUCAUCUCACUUUUCAGGCCAAGGGAGCCGGCGUUUGACCACAGACAGCUUUCCAGGUCAUGUGGCCAGCAGGACUAAACCAACUAAACCAUGACGGAAGCCAGAGUGCACAGAAACACCGUUUACUUUCCCGUCACAGUGGUACCUAUUUAUACUUGCACUGGCAUGCUUUCAAACUGCUAGGUUGGCAGGAGCAGGGACAGGGCAACAGGAGCUCACACCGUCAUGGGGAUUCGAACUGCCAACCUUCCGACUGACAAGCCCAAGAGGCUCAGUGGUUUAGACCACAGCACCACCCGCAUCCCUUGUCUGCUUCUGAUUACCAGUUGCUGGGAAUCACGAGGGGCGAGAGCGCUACUGCAUUCAGGUCCUGCUUGCAGUUUCUCCAUAGGCAUCUGGUUGGCCACUGUGAGACCUAAAUGCUGGCCUCAAUGGGCCUUGGUCUAAUCCAUCCCUGGACCACAAACUCCUCCACCCAAUAGUAACCCCUUCUUAUUUGUAUUAAGUUUCAAUUAAGAUUCAGUUGGUUCCCCCCAAUUCAUUCCUUUGCAACCGCCAGCCAACAAGACUGUUUAGAAGUUUCCUUAGGGUGGUUCAUUACUGCUUAGCCAUGAAAAAGAGUGGCAGACUGCUGCAGAAUAAUAAUUCCCAUCCUAACCUACUUCAAAGAUUGUUGUGAAGAUAAGAAUGAUAGACCGUUUUAUAAACUACAGUGUAUUACAGAUGUGAUAAAUAACACAGAGUCAGAUUGAAAUAAAUGAGUUCAACUUUGAAAGCAGGGGGGAAAAUCUAGUCCAAAACAAAUCUUUUCUAAUAACAAUAAUAAUGAUGAUGAUGACAUACAAUUUUGAUGUCAAAAUGUUUUUGGCAUUUAUUAGCACUUAAGAACACAAAGUUUUUCAUCUGUAUAAAUCAGAGUAAUUUCAAAACUGCAACCAGUCAAAUGUUAGUCCAAUUAAUGAUUCAGCUUCCUGAAUGAGAAGGAUUUCAUCUGUGUUCAAUUUGUGUGCAUGUAUUUACAAUGAAUGAUUUUUUUUAAUACACACACAGAGGAUUUUCCCAUAAAGUGAAGAGUGGAUCCAGAUGUUUUUAAAAGAAAAAGAAAAAAGGAGGCAUUUCAUGAUCAGCUUCUUGAAUAUUUACAUUUGUUUGUUUAUUUAUAUGCAGCUAGAGCCAAGCCACAAUGCAUUAUAAAGUUUACAAAAUACAACAUACAAAAGAACAUGCUAAAAUCCAGAGCAAAAUGAGGGCUCAGGGAUCAAUAUAAAAAGCUAGGAACAAUUCCCUAUUUGUAAAAUUCACAAGCCAAAGCAUAAUGAAUUGUUUGGUGGGUAUGCCAAAACUGGGCUGCUUUUCCAAAGAGGAGGAAACCAAAACUUGUUGCAUGCAUACAACUCCACUGGAGAAAAACAGAUACUGGUAAAGAUGUACAGAAUGAUCAGUUUCAAGGUACUGCCUUAUGCAUUUUUUCACUUUAAUGACAGCAUUUCUUUUCUUUCUUGCAUUUGCAACUCUAGUUAUAUGAAUAACCAAAUAUAUCAGUAUCAUAAUGCUUGCACCUGCAUUUUUGUAUUUUUAAUAUUUACAUCUUUUCACAUUAAUGUGUGUGCACCCAUUUCCCCACUUAGGAUAAGGAAUCCUAAACUGUAUCCUACACAAAUCAGUUUGACAUUUUCAUGAGCAGCUGCCCUAUUUUGUUUCUUAGAAAGAAAAGGGAAAAAGAGGUAUUAUCUAUAUAGGAAGAGAGAUUUUCUUGGUAGCAAUCAAAGGCCUUAGUUACGUUUGGUUAUCCUUACAUGGGAAAAAUGUUGGGUGGUAGCCACCUGAUGUUUACUCAGCACAUACAAUUGAAAAUCAGAGGUUUCCACAUGCACACUGACUUCUCCAUCCUCUAUCCAUCCAAAAGGGAUGAUCACAUUACAGCCAGUCGAAAACAACUGACGGUGCAGAGCUUGAAGUGUGUGCCAUGGGGAGAGUCUUGAGGGCCAUAUAGAGAGGUCUGGAGGGCUGCAUUUGGAUCUUGGGACUGAGGUUCUCCAAUCCUGGUAGAACUCCUAAUAAUGGCAGGCAAUUCAUGACAGCUUGCGUCUCAUCUAUAGCACCCAGCAGCUUGUUCACCCAGAAGCAUCUCCACUUCUGCUUCUCCUGAGCAUAGUCUUUAUUGCAAGUGUUUGACAGUGCUGUGGCAGGCCACUCCCGGCUCAGAAGCAUGAUGCCAAGUUGAAAAGGUCCAUAUAACUUGAAGAGAUGGAUUAACCAGGCUGGCCUUCUCAUUACAUAAGCUAAGGCAGUGGAUGCUGGGGGCAGGGAGGAACGCAGGCUGGAGGAAUAGAAGAGUUCCCAGCGGCAUCCAGGUAUGUUUAUCUGUUUGGGGCAAGCUACAUAUGAUGCAGUGUGGUGUAGUGGUUUGAGUGCUGGACUAGGACCUGGGAGACCAGGGUUCAAAUCCUUGCUUAAUCAUGAAACUCACUGCAUGACCUUGGUUCAGUCACUCAUUCACUCUCAGCCCCACCUACCUCACAGGGUUGCUCUGAGGAUAAAAUGAGGAAGACGACAGGUGCCACCUUCAGCUCCUUGGAGGAAAGCUGGGAUAGAAAUGCAAUAAUAAUAGGAAUAAUGAAGGUGUUUGAAGUUAACUCCCAACAAUUCCAGAAUAAGGGGGAAGGCUUUAUGUGGCAGCCAAGAACCUAUCCGUGUGUUUAAUCGGCAACUGAACACAGUAGAACCCCAGAUGAUGGGAAGUCUUAAAAUGUGCCACCUAAUGAGUGCCUCGCUCUUUCUUCUCUCCCCCCCCCCCGCCGCACCUUGCUAUCUUUCCUCCUUUUGUGUCGCUUCGGCUGCUCCCCCCCCCCCGCUCCGCUCCUGCCGCGGCGGCUCUUCCGAUUGGGCGCCCAAGAAAGCGCCUCCUCGCUUGGAGCGAGAGGCCGGGGAGGGGCCAGAAGAAGCGGCUGAAGCCAGCUGUCCAAACGCACGUUUCCAACAUGAGUUCGCCGGGGAGAGGCUGUCGAGCUGGGAAGCCGAGCGGCGCUUUCCCCUCAGGCACCGCCGUUACCGAAGCAGCAGCAGCAGCAAGAGCCGCCGACUGCCGCUCGAGCGCCGGGCAAAGCAAAAGGGGAGAAGCAGCGCGACGGGGUGAGUGGAGGAGGCGAGAGCCACAAAGCAGGCGGCAACGGGGCCAGCGCGCGGCGGUGGGGCUGCUCGGGUCGGCGCCGCUGGUGUGUGUGUGUGCGCGCGCGCGGCCACCUCUAGCUGAGGCGUCGAGGAGAAAAACGUCUCGCCGCCGCCAGCCGGGGCAAAUGGGGACCCUGGACAGCGCUAGGGCGCGGAGGGGAGGGGCUGGCGCUGCUUGGCGCGCCGGGGUGUGGCCCUCUCCCGCCCUUCUUCUCCUGCUCAAGCGGUGCCUGCGCCGCUCCUUCGGUCUAGCCCAACCUGCACCGCGCGCCACCACUUUCCUUCUUCUUCUGCCCUAAAUUGGUUCGCGGAUGCCUUUCUCUGGGCAUGGUCCACUUGAGGCAGGUGAUGGGGGGAGCGAGGGGUAUUGUUGCCGUUUCCCUCACCUUCCUAUGCGCACCAUUCCUUCACUGCCCCCCCCCCACGCGGUUGGUGGUUUGGAAGCUCCGCAAAGUCCUGCCAAUAGCAAAGCGGGUUCCUCAGCCAGGACUCCUCUCCGGACCUCCCUACCCUCUCCAGAAAGGAAAGACGGGCCGCGACGGGCCGCUCUCUCCUUUCCCGCCCUGCUGCUGCCGAGGCAGGUCCUGCGCCCGCAGAGAGGCUCGCGCGGUCUGAAGGGAACCGGAGCCGCCGCGGGAGCCUGCGGGCCCCGCCUCUCCCCCUCGGCGCUCCCGUCCCGCUCUCGCUCUGCCUGGUUCCCACGCUCUGGCCUCCGGAACGCGGCAGAGGGCGAAGCAUCCCGGGUCAGGGCAGCGGGGUCAGGACGAGCUCGGGGCUUCCAGGCACCGGCAGCGGGGCAGGUUCGUGGGAAAAGGCGGAGCGAGCUGCUUCCACCCUCACCCUGUCAGGAGCUGGAGGGAAGGUUGCUGCCGAGGCCGCGCCGGCCUUUCCUCGGGCCGAGCCAAGAGUUGGCCAGAGUUGUCCUCAGCGGCCACCGUAGCUGCGCCCCGAAAAAGCAGCUCGCAUGCUGUCCAAAUACUUGCACAGGCUGGAUGGCUGCUUCUUUAAAUGUUAUUUCUUCGUUAUUGUUUCGUAAGAAGAUUUGCUCGGCGCUUUACAACUGUAACAGUUUUCAAAGCAGUUUGCAAGGAUCUGUUGCAUUUUAAAAAAACACAAAACUAAAUCAUAACUCCCCUUUCUUCCAAGGUCAGGAUGGCGUCCGAUUUUCUUCGCCCCCUUUUAGCUUCACAGUUGUCACUUUGAGAUCAAAGCCAAAAUCCCCACUCAGCCAUGAAACUCAUUGAGUGACCUUGGGCCAUCAAGUCUUUCGGCACAGCCUACCUCACAGGGUUAUUGUGAAGAUAAGAUAGGGAAGGGUAGAAUCAUAUAUACAAGUUUUAACUCCUUGCAGGCAAGACACACUAUUGAUAGAAUUGUAAAUAAAAUGUUUUUUUUUAAACAAAAAAAUGUGUGGAGGAGAGCAGAAUGGAUCAAUCAUUUCAUGUGCUCCAUGGCUGGAUCUGAAUGUCCCCAACUUUAGCAUUGUAGCCACUUAUGUCACACUGUCUCUAUCUUACAGGUAUGUAGCUGUGUUGGUCUGCCGUAGUCGAAACAAAUUUUAAAAAAGUGUGCAUGCACAUGAAAGCUCAUACCAAUAACAAACUUAGUUGGUCUCUAAAGUGCUACUGGAAGGAUUAUUAAAAUUUUGUCUCUAUCUUGUUAUCAAUUAAACUAAGGAAACUAAAACUAGAAUCAGUAGUUAACAGAAACAAGGAGGAAAACAGCAGAUGAAACCAUGGCAUAGUGUCAAAACGAUCAGGAAAAAUUAAUCAGAAAUGACACAACCCAAAAUAAGGCAUUUAUUCCCGUUAGAGAAGAAAGAAGGAAAUGUACUAGCUCAUUUUCAUGCUUUGGCACCAACACUAUCUCUGGUCUGUGGAAAACUUCAUCUGUAGAUUUUUGUGAAUCAAGCACAAACCAGGUCAAGGCUGUUUUUUUCUGGUUAUUUGGCCAUUGUAUCUGAGUAUGCAAAAUAAACAAAACAAAACUCCAAUACCCAGUUGCUUCACCAUUAUCACCUUUCUUGGAGAUAGCUCUAAAAUAUAUAGUUGCACAGGGUGCAUCUUAGAGUGCAAGUCAGACUGAUUUCAGACAUUAAAUUAUUGAUACUUGCUUCACAUUCUAUAAAGAAACAUCCUCCCCCCAUCCCAACUCUUGAAAUAUUAAGCAUGAUGUAGGCUAUAUGGCAAAAGGCUGUUUGUUUUAACUCUCUUUUCUUGUCCUUAUGAAUUCUUUGCCUCGGUCUCAUCUACAUUACUUCCAGCAAGUUUAGAAAAUAAGUUCUUAUUUUUUUUUUUUUUUAAGAAUAUUUAUUCAAGUUUUAAAAUUACAAAAAAGAAAGAAAAAACAAAACAAGAAAAUCAGUCACAUACAUCUUACAAAAGAUACACACCAUACAAGAAAAAAAAAAGGAAAAAGGAAAAAAUACACAAAAUCAAAAAUCACAAUAAAAAAUAACAAAAAAAAGAAUUCAAAUUUAACAAACCGUUUUCCCAUUUACUUAUUUCCGUGACUUCCUCUCACUUCUCUGCUUUGUAUUCUAAUUCAAAUUGUAUCUCCAGCAAAUCCUUCUAACCUUCUUUUCAUUCACUUAUUUUAACAUUUUAACAUUCAAAAUAUUUAAUUCUCCUCUAUCCUUUAGUUUACACUUUAUAUUUACUUAAUUCCAUUAUACUCUGUCUGCCAAUACGGUCUAAUAUUUCUUCUCCAACCUUUCCUAACAUUCUUUUAUGUUACAGUGAUUCUGUAAAUAUAUUUUAAACUUUUUCCAAUCUUGUUCCAUCAACCCUUCUUCUUGAUCUCGAAUUCUUCCAGUCAUCUCUGCCAGUUCCAUAUAGUCUAUCACUUUUCUCUGCCAUUCUUCUCGGGUAGGCAAUUCUUGUGUCUUCCAAUAUUUCCCGAUGAGUAUUCUUGCUGCUGCUGUCGCAUACAUAAAAAAAGUUCUAUCUUCCCUUCGCACCAAUUAGCCGACCAUGCCCAAGAGGAAGGCCUCUGGUUUCUUUAAGAAAGUAUAUUUCAAUACCUUUUUAAUUCAUUGUAUAUCAUUUCCCAGAAUGCCUUGAUCUUUGGGCACGUCCACCAAAGGUGAAAGAAAGUACCUUCGUUUUCUUUACAUUUCCAACAUUUAUUAUCAGGCAAGUGAUAAAUUUUUGCUAGCUUGACUGGGGUUAAGUACCACCUGUAAAUCAUUUUCAUUAUGUUUUCUCUUAAAGCAUUACAAGCCGUAAAUUUCAUACCUGUGGUCCAUAACCGUUCCCAGUCAGCAAACAUAAUGUUAUGCCCAACAUCCUGCGCCCAUUUAAUCAUAACAGAUUUAACCAUUUCAUCCUGUGUAUUCCAUUUCAGCAGCAAAUUAUACAUUCUUGACAAAUUUUUAGUUUUAGGUUCUAACAAUUCCGUUUCCAGUUUAGAUUUUUCCUCCUGGAAGCCAAUCUUUUUAUCUAAGUUAAAAACCUCCCUUAUUUGAUAAUAAUGCAACCAAUCUCUGACUUUGGUUUUUAAUUUGUCAAAACUCUGCAAUUUUAAUUUAUCUCCAACUUGUUCUAAAAUUUCACAAUAUUUUGGCCAGUUUGUCUCCAUAUUGGUUUUUUUCAAUGCCUUUGCCUCCAUUGGUGAUAGCCACCUUGGUGUUUUACUUUCCAACAAGUCCUUAUAUCUCACCCAAACAUUAAACAAUGCUUUCCUGACAAUAUGGUUCUUAAAGGCCUUAUGCGCUUUAACUUUAUCAUACCAUAAAUAUGCAUGCCAUCCAAAACGUUGUCAAAACCUUCUAAAUCCAAAAUGUCCACAUUUUCAAGAAGUAGCCAAUCUUUCAGCCAGCAAAAGCGGCUGAUUCAUAGUAAAGUUUAAGAUCUGGCAGGGCAAAUCCCCCUCUUUCCUUUGCAUCUGUUAAUAUCUUAAAUUUUAUUCUAGGUUUUUUGCCCUGCCAGAUAAAUUUGGAAAUGUCUCUUUGCCACCUCUUGAAACAGUCCAUUUAAUAAGUUCUUAUUUUAAACCAACUAGACUUAUUGGUGUGAAGCUAUCGUAUGCUCUGCCCUUUGGAAAUGUCUAUUGAAAGCAGAGUUAAAGUAGAAUUAAUCGCUACAGGUUAGAAAUAAAUUACUUUUCUGGUUUAUGAUUGAGCACUUGGGGACAGUAUUUUAAUGUUUAACAAAGGCUCCAUUGUUGAAUCUGCUGUUGUUUCUGCCAUUUGUGUUCAUGGUUGUGAAGCAAAAACUAAGAACUGUUUAAAAUCUUGAAAGUUUCUUAGUUUCUUAGCCAAUUUGCCCCUUUUCUAAUCCAGUAUGAAAACAUGCAACUGGCAUAUGAGUAAAAAAACAAAUAAAUUAGUAUGGUUUUUAUUAAUUAUCUAACUGUGUUAUUGAGUGGUCGGAAUUUAGGUGGCACUUUAAAGACUUAACUCUUUAAAGACUUGCAUCUCUACACAGAAGUGAGUCCUGCUGAGUUCAAUGGGACUUACUCCCAGGUAAAUGGGUAUAGGACUGCAGCCUAACAUAUUUACUGUGGCAUAAGUUUUCAUGUCCCUGUUUUGUCAGGUGCAUCUGACAGAAAUGGAUUCUCGUCCACAAAAGCCUAUGCCAGAAUGUAUUUGAUAAAUUUUAAGAAACCACCAGAAACUUUGUGACUUUAUUGUACUUCCUUAUGGGUUGUAAUUUACCACCUACUUGUUGUUGGCAUCCAUCUGUCUCAAGAGGCAAUGGGUUUGCACCUCCUGGGAGGACGUCAAACCUUAGUGUCGGGCCUGGGCAGUGUAUAUGGAGGUCCUUCCGGCAACUCCUGCUGCUAAGCUGGUGCCAAACAUAUUGCUAUGCUUUCAUUUGACCACAUCAAUGAGGUCAAGAGUGGGGGUCUUGUCGUCUGGGCCACUUACUGCAUGUGUUUUAUUCUAACUUUAGACAAGCAUGGUGAAAGAACAAUAUGUUUCAAAGUACGUUGUGUAAUACCAGAACAAUAUAGAAAGUGAGGUUAAUGAGAAUUAUUUCAUGAUACAUCUUUAUGGAGUCACAAAAGAAGGUCUUAAUGUUUAGCUCCUUAUCUCACUGGUUAAGGAUAAUGGUGUCUACUACAACAAUUAAUGCUGUUGUCAAUAAUUCUUUUUGGAAGGCAACAGUUUCAUUAAUGGAUAACUAAGAUAAUCCGUUUCAAAGUAUAUAAUUUAUUGAUGGAUUUUCAUGUCAGAUCCAAAAUAAAAAUAUGGAUGUGCAAAAUACAGCUUGCAAUGUAUUUUGUUUUGUUUUUAAAAUCCAGACAGUCAGGAUAAAUGGUUUAUGGUUAUGCUUCCAACUGUCUGAGUUAAUAGAAUAUCGUGAAUUCUGCAUUUUUUAAUGUUAUAAAAUCAACACACUCAAAAUGCAGCCUGACCUUUGAGUGAACAUCUACCACCACUACACUUUUGGUUGAUACUUGAUUAGAAUAAUUAAACAGAUCAAAUCUGAAAUGUUGCAAGUUCAAGUAUCUGUCUGUGGAAUUCACUGCUGUGGAUUCUGAUGUGAGUUUUGAAUACCUAAUGGAUCUUUCAACUGUUGUUGACAUAAAAUUGUCAGUAGUAAUUAUAGUUUUGUAAUUGGAUUGUUUUGUAUAUUUUUAUAAAUUAAUUAUCUUGGGACACUUUGUUUAAAAGGUAGUAUAUACAUUUCUUUGAUAAAUGAAUGAAUAGUAGUUUUGUGGAAAAUACAGAGGACUGGGAUGAAUAAAUUUAAAAAGAACAAACCAGAAGGUGCUGCCUUCACAUUGCAGUUCCUAGAUUGGUGAUGACAACAACUCUGAUAGGGGUGGCAGCUACUGGAAAAUAUGGCUUCUUAUAUAAUAAAACUAAUAUUUGUUUGAAAUGGUUACAUUGGCCGGUAUACUUUUUAUGCCAUUAAGGAGAAGUCAUAUAUUGUUUUCACUGCUAUCAAAAAGUGGUGAAACAGUCAAUUUGUUUUCACUUUUUUAUCAAAAGGUAGGGAAUGAAAUCUUGUUCCUAUGUGUAUUGCUGUGAUUCUGAAAUUGAGAUUAGGCUUUAUUAUACUCUGUCAAUCAUGAGUAGACCAGAUAGGCUGCUAGAUAAAAGGCAGGCAGAGAUACCCCAAUCAGCUGAACUGAUCAUUAUCUCUAAAUAGAAGAGCAGUCAGAAGAUUCCUUUCACUCUACAGUUGGGAAGGAGAAGAAACAAAGUGGAAAAGGUCACUAACUGAUAAUAGCCAGAUAAUUAUUUUGGUGCUCCCCCGCCCCUGACAACUGAAUGUGAAGAUAACAUUGCAGUAGACUAGAGUAUAAUGCAGUUGUUGAGCAGUUAUUUGAAAUAUAUUGAGUAAUUUUUUUAAAUCAGUUUAUCAGCUAUAUGAACUCCUUUGAGGUAAUCCAUGAAGUACACAAGUGUGGCUCCUGUGGCACAAACAUUUGUUACAUUGCUAUUUAAUAGCAAUAGGUACAUUUCUUUGUUUUCAUUUGUCUUGCCUUCUUUUCCCUUGGCCCCAUAAGAUGUAGUCUCCAUCAUGGAGAAACGAAGUUGAUAACUGGGUUUAUAAUGCUUUGGAGGGCAUUGUUUGGAAAAACCCACCAAGCAAAAAAACUUUUUUGCUUGGAAGUCAUACCCCACUGAAAUCCACGGGGCUUAGGGCCAAUUCACACCAGUAGGUAGGCUCCACACAUGGCUAGAUUCCACAUAUAAAGUAGAACGAGCCUCAGUCUUGUGUAUGUUCCCUGCAAUGCUAUAUAUAUAUAUAUAUAUAUAUAUAUAUAUGCAUGCACACACAAGAUACAGAAUAUAUGCCUCAUCCACAUGCUGCAACUACUCCCUUCUGUUGCCUAUGUGGAAUUUGAGCCUAGUAUAUUUGUGUCAUUAUGUAUACAGACAGGAUGCAUUCCACAUAUCACAUUGUACAUACAGGGCAGGGGAGAAGCCAUCUUAGCACACGUGGAGCCAAAAUGCUGUGGCAUAUUAGGAAUGUGCCUUUCCUUUCGGAGAAGUAUGUUUAGGAUUGUGUCCCUGAGGGAGCAAGCUAAUCAUAACCGACUAUCGGCUGAACCAAUCUUGCAAAAUGUUCUGCCAAAAAAAAGAGCAACAUAUUUCAUGGAUAUAAGCUUUCUUGCCUUCUGUGUAGAGAGAGAAUAAAUCAAAGUGGAGGCCCAUGUACCUUUCUCAGAUGUUGUCGUAGAGGUCUCUUUCAUUGCACAGGGUUUACAGCUGCUAAGUGCUUCUGUUGCAGCAAUCACAUUUGGCAGCAGCUGAAACCAGGUUUGUAACCUGAGUUUCCCCCCACUUUUUCUUUCUUGUGCAACUAUGGAUUUUCUCACCUCAAAUGCAUACUUAAUGGGCAUCGAAAUAAAUCUGUUGAAGAUGUCACAGCUGGACUUUUACUGCUUCCUGCAAGUAUGAAGGCAGAACAUGUAGAGGAUUACAGUAGUUAAGUAAAGAAUAGUUUUGAAUUUUUUGAACUUUUUUAAUACCAACAAGAGUUCAAUAUAAUUCAUCUGAGUUCCACUUUAUGUUUAUUUUAGUAGAGUAGUGGGGAGCGUGAAUAGGCAUGGAUAUGUAUAUGAAAGGUUAAGAGAAUAAUGGCUUUAUGUUUCCGUAUGUAAAAAGGGAUAAUACUCAUAAACAGUUUUUGGAAAAGCAGAUUUGUCACUUGUAUUGUUAUAUCCCUUGAGCACAGUCCAGCCCAUAUUGUAAUUAGGUCACUUGUAACACGGAGAAUCUUGGAGAAUAAUUUGGUUUGUUUAUGUGUGGGUGGAGAUAUAUAUAUGAAUGGGACUAAGUAUCAUUUCUUAGGUCCUUCUGUUCAAAGUGCCCAGGGUCCCAGACAUGCUCACUUGAAAGUGAUUGCUUAAAUAACAUUAAUUUUAUAAUUAUGCAAGAAAAAUAUUGCAAUAAUGAAUUUAUUACAUUGAUAGAAGUUGGAUGGAAAUUUCCAUUUGCCCAGUUUGUGAAAAUGCUUUGGACAGCACUCCCUAAAUGCUAUGAAAUACAGUUCACAAAAAGGUUAGUUGUGUUUGUUUAUCUUUAUUGCAUUUCCCAUGAAUUCAAGGAGGUUAAUAGCAUUGCAAUAAAUAUGCUACCUUUUACAAAGCUUGGACAUACUCAGCCACUACUGAUCCUUACUAAACUAGGCUAGCUCUUCCAGAUGUUUGGAAUGCAAGUUAUAUCUAUACCUCUCAGGGUGGGGUCUGAGAUCAGCCCCCCCGCCACGCCCAGGGCAUGUAUCGCCAAGUACGGAUGGACAAAUCAGUGCACAUCUGGUCCAUGUCAGUUUUGCAUGUGUUUAUUCAUGAGUCUCUUCUGCCCCAUUCAUGCAUUAAUUGCAUUUUUUAAAGUCCAUAGAAAAAUGUAUUUAGAUAUGCACUUAAUAAUACUCUAUAAAAUAUAUAUUUAAAUGCUUAUUCUAUCUCAAUGUACACAUUUCUUGACAUAUUCUAUCACAAAAAUGUAUACUUUUUGCAUUUUGGUGCAUUUUUAAAGCUGAGAACUAUGUUAGCUAUUUCAGAGAAGCAUGAAAUCCAAUAGAUAAUUACAUUCUGAUCUGUGCAUCAGUCCAGAAGGUCAGUUUGCUUAAAAAUGUGACCUGAACAAAAUUCUUCUCCAUCUGUAGUGCCAAGCAAGGGAAAAGAGAAACACUUUUGAAUUUAGACAAAGAGAGAUACAGUUGCUACGUUUUUGGACUUGACUGGUAUAAGCCUUAGGGAUGUCCUGUUGCUUUUGACAAUUGAUGCCUGUUUAUAUACUUGCUUCCCAUUCAACAUAACUUGUUUGUUUGAAGAUAACCAGAGCAUACAAAAGCAGUACAAAUCUCCAGGACUCUUUCCUCACAAGGACACUGACCCUGUGAAAGCAUGUUCUGUGGAUUGGGAAAUUGGGAAACAUGGAACACUAUUGUGUAAUAUGAAAACACAAACUUUAUCACCCAAAAGCUUCACAGUAUCAGUGAAUUGUGUCACCAUUCUGUGGAAGAGAAUUACAAUAGUUCAAGUAACCAAUGGACCAGUGCUACUAAGUUAGUAAAUAAAUUGGAGAAGCUUGUUCACAUUUAUUUAUUCACCUGCCUCCCCCACCCCCACCCCGACAGGGACUAAAUUCAGCUUACAGAUAAAAUAGGAACAGCUAAAAACAUAACUAAUAGGAAAUAUUUAUCAUAAAUCUAACCACAAAUUAAAAAUAUGUAGUUCAUUAAAAAAAUAUAUUGUGGCUUAUGGAAGGAAUGUUUUUUGGUGUCAGUGUCAGAUGAAAAAUGGGGAAACCAUUGCACACGUUAAGCACUACUUUGGCUGGGAAGUUUCCUAGAGCUUGGUUAGGCAAAUUCAGAAAUUGGAUGGUUUCUUUUCCAUAAGUUUUGAUCUUCUCCAUUGAUAUCAUCCUUUGAAGCUGUUUGUGUGAGAUGAGGUUGGUGUCAAAAAGGUGAAUUAAAGGUCUGUGAAACGUUGAGACAAUUUGCCAAGGUGACAUUGGGGUCAUUUUAGAUAACUUAGAAAAAGAUGAGUCUGGGGGUUUUCCUCUAGUUUUUAAAGUUUAGCUAUCCAGUGAGUCUUAUAAUUGCUGACCUAGUUCCAAAUCAAGCUGAAGGGAGUUAGCAGCCUCUACUGACUACAAUAAUGUUUUGCAUGUUUAUUCUAGAAUGACAAACACCAAUAUAAAAAUUAGAAAAAUCACAGAAUGGGUGAGAUUCUAAAGAACACACCAGAAAAUUCAGCAGAAAGGUUACACUGUGUGUGUGUGUGUGUGUGUGUGUGUGUGUGUGUGAGACAUGGAAGGGGAGUGGGUAGAGACCAAACAGACUAGAAUUUGAUUAAAAUGUCGAUUAAAAGUGCUAUUUAUAAUCAAAGCAAUUUAUGCUAGUUGGCAUGCCGAUGCGUUCCAACAGUUAAUAUGCUGUACUUUCCCUUUUUUUCUUAGUGUACUGAAACUGCUCAAAAUGAAUCUGGUAGCACAGAUACUAUGCCAGGAUUUCUACAUGGAUUUCAUCCACCAUUUACAUAAAUAUAACAUUGAGGAGUACAGUAUUCAAAUGUGCAGUCCUUCUGCAUAUAGUUUGAAAUGGUACAGUUUUCAAGAGUGCUAUGUCAAAUGAUUAUUCUGAAUAGGACAACAUUUAUGCUUUCAGAGGAGUAAGUCUUUUGCAGUAGAAACAACAGUCUUGUGGCAUCUUGAAAACUAUCAAAUGUAUUACAUUGUUAUGUGCAUGUGGAGUGGCUGGUUCAAUGAGACGUACACACAAGUUUCUAAUAAUAGGAUGGUUGUUGUUUUUUAAAUGAGCAAAUCUACAUGGCAAUGUAGAAGGCAUGGCACCACUAAUUCAUCACCUCAAGUAAAAACCCAAAAUGUUAAUGAUUGCUCAUGUGUACCCAGUAAACAGGAGCAUUUUGAGCUCGAGGAAGGGUUAUAAAAGAGUUAAUGCUUGCACUGAGUCAAAAACACAUUGAUUGUCUAGAGGCCUAGACAAAGCAAAUAGUAAUUAAAUAAUCUCUUUCCAAGCCAAAGGCUUCCAGUGACCUAGAGAUGAUUAAUAUAGUUAAUACGCCCUUCCGGAGAGAAAGGGGUUGCUAAAUAUAUGUUUCAAACAGACACAUUUAGCAUCAGUCGGUCCAGUGCAAUGUAGUUCAGUCUGGUGAGAUCCUUUCCCUCCACAAGUCUUGGCUGGGGUGGUGGUGGGAAAGCAAGUGCUUUGUAAUGCAAAAGACAUAACAAAGAUAUAUGAGGGAGUUAGGCAAGAUGUCGAUCGUACCUUUAUAUUUCCAUAAGUACUGCUUAUAACCUCUAGUAAAUGAAAACUGUACAGAGGAAAAUGGGGAUGCGAAGAAGGAUGUUCAGUUUUGUGCAUGCAUUGUUGCUCACAGUGAGUGCAUAGUGUGUGUGUGUGUGUGUGUGUGUGUGUGUGUGAAAACUUCAAUAAAACAUUAAGUAGGAAAAAAGACAGCAAAGUGGACUGAAUGAAAAAAGAAAGGAAGGAGCUACUAUAAAGCACAAACUGUAUACAAUGCAUUACUCAUAUGGAAGGGAAUACCUGUUGGGCCCCCCAAAGCACUGGAACUAUAUGGGUGUAACAACAUGCUUUUGUGUUAGAAAAGUAAGAAAACUGAGUAUAUAUUGGAAAAUUGUUCUGCAUGGUUAUCUUUUUUAAAGGGAUGUAACAGUUGUUUAGAUUGGAGAGGAUUUAUUUUGAUCCUGCAAAUCUGCUUUCCUGUUAUGGAACAAACACUGACCUUCUCCACAAAAGCUAAAACUGUAUUCUGUGUCUGGCACAGCCUGUAUGACAUCGGCAGCUCUAGUGAGACAAAAUGGCUUGUAAAAAGCUGCUUUUUAAUAUUAUUGAUCCAUCUAGCCCAUUAUCCUCUCCACUGAUUAGCAGUGGUGCUCUAGAGUGUCUGAGAAAGGUCUUUCUCAUCUCUGCUACCCAAUAUCCUUUUUAACUAGAGAUGCUAGGAACUGAACAUGACUUUUGUGCAUGCAAGGCAUGUGCUUUACUGAACCACAGCCCAGGGUGCAUACAACGAGGUUCUUCUACGUGGGGAUGGGAGACUGCGACAGUGAUGGUGGCUGCUGGCAGCUGUACUGUGCUAAACUGAAGUUUGUGUUCAAUUCCCUUCAAAGUGUAGAUUGUGAAAUUGCACAAGUUUUAGGAUCCUUGUGCUUCUUCCUAUUAGUUCUAGUGCAGAAGCUUCCAAUAUUGGAUUGUUAGGCUCUGCUUGUAAACAAUAAUUUGCAAGAAACUUGAGCAGAUUCCUUAGGUCUAAGAAUUUUUUUUUCCUGUUGAAAUUAGUAAGAGCAAAUAAUUGUAAAUCAAAAUACUUCACCUUUUACCUACACUGAGAUGUGAAUUGUGCUCAGUUGUAUAUUUAGUGCUUGAAAAGCAAUGCAAUAUAACCAUAAGCACACUGAUGCAAUUAAUUUCAUUUCUAAAAUCUGUAUACUGCCCUUUGAUGGUUUAUAAAAGGAAAAUAGUAUCAAGAAGAAUCAAAGUCUCAUUAUAGUUUUACACACUGAACACUGCAAUCAUAUACAUGUCUCCUCAGAAGUAAAUAUUGCUGAAUUCUGUGGUCCUUACUCUCAGGAAAUUGUGCAUAGGAAUGCAACAGUAAUUGUUUAAAAUAACCAGAUAAUACAAACAGGUCAUUGUCAGCCUUUUAAACUCAACUGAGGGAGGUAUUUGGGGUUGCAAAAUUGAUAGUGACAAGUAGCAAGAUCUUUUAAAUGGUUUCACCUGUGCUGUCAAAUUUUGAAAUAGAGCCCUGGUUAAGGUGGCAGGUGGGAUAUAAAAAUUUCAUAACAAAGUAGGGAAAAAACAAAAGAGAAGGGGAGUUUUUCUUGUACCUCUGCCCUUGGCCAUGUAAGUAUAGUCAGCUGGAAUAUAGCCCAGAAACUAAUUGGCAACCUGCAACAACAGUUUGCUUAUUAGGUUGGUCACUUAACACAUCUCCACAAAAGAGGACACUGAUUUGUGUAAAAUUUGCUUCCGCUAAUUCAUAUGUACAGAUACAGAUGUAGAAUUGAUUACUACAAUUUUCAUAGACGUACAAUAUAGUGAGAAAGACUGGACAGGUGAUCUGUGUGCUUGCUCAAUCUGCCGUCCAGGUGCUGCUUUUGAUGGGCAACUUCAAAGUCCCUGCUCUCCCUUCUUAUGGGUCUUUAUCUUUAAAACCAAAUAGCUCACCAACUAGAGGAUUCCUUCAAACAAAGGACUGUCCUCUGUGAAGGAGAGCAUAUGGACACCCUAUUGUUUUUGCCCAUUGUGGUUGAUACAAGUCAACACCCUAGCUGUUGAACAAUGAAGGGGGCUAAAAUACAUUGUAUAACUUGUUAUGGAUUACAAAUGAAUAUUAAUAUUAAUGUCACAGAGCAAGCAUGGCAGUUAAUGAAUAUUAAUUCACUUGUUCCCAGGGGCCACUCUAAACUUCAAACUCAGUUAUUUUGAGACCAAUGCAUUCACAAGCAUAAUCUUAAGGUACUUUAUUCCUAAUGACACAGAAGCUAAACUACAUGGGAUGUAGGAGAUUUGUGACUGGUUCUCACUUUUAGUUUUUAAUUAAAAAUAGCCAUGGGGUGCUUUGAUUUGAGUUGGAUCAAUGGCCCUGUGGGAGGGGCAGUCCAGCAGUUUUGGUGCUGACUCCUUCCUUUGUGCCACAGCUCUGAACUAAUUUAGAGCUGCCUGUGGCUGCCUUGAACUGAAAAGGAAAAUAUUGGGAGGUUUAAUCAAAGAUCUCCUGCAGUCACGUGUCAUUUGGACUCAUUUUCUUUCAAUAAACUCCACAUUCUGCUGUAACCAAUAAGCCAUACUUUGGAUAGUAAAUUCAGUCUAUGAAUAACAUAUUUGCUAAUAGGCCAGAAGUAUUAUGUACAAUACUGACUUCAUUACAUUGCAAGUUUCAGCUGCUAAAAUGGGACAAACCUUUAAAUGGUGUGUGCCGGUUUCUGUAGAAUCGUUCUGUUGCUUGUUCCAUUCUAUGUUCUCUAGCUGACUGUUGUUCACAUAUUAAAAGAAAAAUGUGUGAGGCAAAAUGUGUGUAUUUAUAAUGUAUUUCCAUAAUUUCAUUUCAGGAGUAACUGGAUAGGCAGUAGAAAACAUUUGACAUUCUAAGUCAAAUAUUAACAGCUCUCAUAUCUCAGCUCCAGCUUUGCUACUUUAGUGACAGUGUCUUGUCGCUUUGGAAUCUGCUCCUGUUGUCAGCUUGAUGCAUCGCUUGCUAUGUAGGAUUUAAUUCUCUGCUGCAAACAAAGUUUAAAGAUUCUGUGGCCAGGGUGGGGUGUGGGAUGGGUGUGUGAAUUAUCAAAACAUGUUAUAGUGAUACUGUUUUUCCAUAACACAUUGACUUCUCCAAAGUCCCUGAACGCUCCAAGAAAAUUGGAUGCUUUUAUUUCAGUAAAAAAAAUUAUCAUAGAAAAUAAGUUCUUUAAAAAGAAUUCAUCAUGUUUUGGCUCUAGUUGAAAAGAAAACAUCAAGGCUUAGACAUGUGUGGUGUAUCAUUCAUCUCCACUCCCCACCCCCACCCCAGUGCAUCUCCAGUUGUGUUCCUGCCUAGGAAAUAAUCCAAAUCCCCAGAAGUAAUGCAUACCAAAAGCUAGAUUUACUAGGCAUUUCAAGAAUGAUAAUAUGCCACCCCAAUCUCUGAGUGGUGCAAGAUUCCAGGGGGUUCCAGGAGCUUACCCAGGGUUCAGUUUCCUUGGAAUGAGGGAGAGCAGGUACACUGUGGUGUCUUUUCAAUAUAUGGUUUAUUUCUACAUAUAUACAACCUGAGCCUAAAAUGGAGGGGAUUACAGCAUUAAAACCCCCAGAAGGUCUAGCUCCUCCAAUAGCCACAGCUUGGGAGGCAUGCACAGAUCAAGCAUUGCCCUCACUCUCCUGCUUCUAGCCCAGCUUCCUCACACACUACCUAUUGUGCUUCUCACUAUCAGCCAGGUGAGGGAGGAGGGGGCCCAGCCAUUUGACGUCUGGCACAAAGCCAUUUCCUUUAUUAUACUAACUACCAUGCUUAAGCCCAUUAACGCAUCAAGAAGCUGGUCUGGCUACUUCCAACAAUGGAAUCCUCCAUUAGAUUUUAGCCCUUGCUGGAUCCAGGAUGCCCCAAAUUAGAAGGGACUCUGGCAUUGUAUAGACUAACCCCCACCCUCCCAAACUCACAACAGUAAGAAUUAUCUGGUUUGUUCCACCCAGAUUUUGAUGUGAAAGACUGAAGUCUGCAUAAGCAGGAGAGAGGAGCAAAAGCAGGCAUCUGAUGCAGUUAAAUCGGUGGGAUGCAUCUCCCCAUAGGUUGGUAUAUGAAACCUGUGCCAGCCUGUUAGGAGAAGGGUGGCUGGCUGGGUACUGCUGAGGCAGAGGAUCUUUGCUUCAAAUAGCCAAUGUGACAUAGGAAGUGAGAGCAAUGAUAUUUUACACUUUAUACCAGAGAUGGGGAGCUCCUGUUGCUCUUGGACUCCAGCUCCCAUCAGCCACAGCCAGUAGGGCCAAUGGCCAGGGAUGAUGGGAGUUGUGGUUCAGCAACAUGGGAAGCAGGCACAGGUACCUGUAUCUCCCAUCUCCAACACCCAUUUAUAAAGCCUCCCUUCCCUUGUUCGUCCUGCCUCACCAGAGGUAUUCCCCUUGUUAACAGGUGCAUUUGCAGUUUUAAAUGAAAAACUAGAUAUACGUAAAGUUUAUGUUCCUGUCAUGAUUCCUUAAGACUUGUCUCCACACAGCAGUCUUCAGACAUUUAUAAUCAUGUUAGCCCAGACUCCAGAUUUCUGGAAAUUAACUUUCUGCCUAAUGCAUAAUUAAAUAAGUGCCUCCAGAACAUGACUAAUCUAUAUUAUAAAAAUAAGAAGUAAGUACAAAAGAUCAAUAAGGUAUGGGAGAGGCUUUGUGUUUGAAUUUUGGUAUUACAGAUUAGUUUUGAAUUUGAUAAACCUUGAAAAAUAGUCUUAAGAUGUUCUUCCAUGCAAAAAAUUAUUGCAUGCAUUGUGGUGUCAGAAUCAGAAUGAAUUCUGGAGAGUUCCUUAAUUUCAUGUUUUACUUGUCAUAUAUGUUCAUAUUCUGUUCCUGUCUGUUGUUUAGAACGUUUCUACCACACGAUGUGGUAGUAACAUUAGCAUGGGAGAAAGGAUGGACCUAUUGGGCAGUCUCACCAUCGCACUGAGCCUUGGAUGAGGACAUUGUUUCUAUAUUUAGUUGCUUUAUAUGGAGUAAACAUAAUGGUUUGAUUUAUGAACAGGCAGUGAUACAAACAGAUGUUAUGCAUGCACAAGAGAUAACUAUGUAUGUAGAGCUUUGAUACUCUUUUUUUGUUUGUUUUUAUACUCUUGUUUCAGUUUAGCUCCCCUGCCCCUGCAGGCUUGCAAAAUAUUAACUUGGAAGCAGCCCUUAAUUGUUUUUAAGUUAUCAACACCAUACUUCACUAUCCUCCAAAUGGUUCAGUAAUUUUGCUUCCUUUGUUACACUGUACCAUGUUUUGCCUGUGAAUACUUUCUUUCUUUGGGUGUUUUCCGAUGCAACCGUAUAGCAUUUUAAUAACUCUACUGCCUUACUAAUAAAAGAACAGCUAUUUAAGCAGCUAUUAAGUUAACAUUUCUUUGUUUUGUGCCUACUGAGAAGUAAGGAAGGCUUGAACCCUCCAAUAUCCCUGGCAUUUAAGGUCUGAUGCCUGUUUUAUGGGUAGUGUUCAUCCCUUGAAAUCCAUUGACUUGUUCUUUAAGUCCAUUCUGAAUAUAACUUAGUUUAUUAUAAUCCUACAUGUAUGACCACAUUUCUAUCUGUGCAGAAUACUUGUUUGUGUAGAUAUUUACACGUAGAAGAAUGGCAAUUAUUUUUUCAUACCUUCUGAAAUCUCCUGCCAUUUCUAUAUGCUGCCUUUCUUGACUAGGUUUUGCUGACACUGACAGAAGCUUGCUUUUCAUAACUUAAAUAAAAAGAACACUGCAUAGAACAUAGCAAUAGAUGUAAAUAUUGCAAUUUUCCACAUGAACUGCUGUGUUUUAUUUUAUACUCAGUUUACCUAGCAUGCAAUCCAUACCCAGCUGAAAUUAUUUUCCGUGGACUGUAAUGACUUCAGCCAUGGUUUUCAAAGAAAGCCAAAGAAAUCUUUCUUUUACACAUCUUAAUAAUAAAGCUAAUAGCUUCAGAACUAUUUUUGUAAUACUUGUUGCCCAGAUAGAUCAAAAUAGUUUGAUUCUGCCUCCUUGUUCCAGGAAUAUUUCCCAGUUACUUGGCAACGAAAAGUAACCCUUUGAGAACUUUGAAAUAAUAAUAACCCCAGUGUACCAGCCAACCUCCUUUUGUCAGACAGUGAGUAAGUUUGGAUCUGUGAUACAUAGACAAUGCAAGUUGGGUUUGGUGAGAAGAUGCUUGUUUUCUCCAUGCAGCAAGGUAGCUUGGUACUCAACAGAGAUUAGUUUGAUUGAGGUGGAGUUAAGGCUAAAGAAAGUAGCUAUGUGACAAAUAUGGCUUCAUUUGCCCUUGUUCUUGCUCUUUCCUUGUGGCAGGCUGAAACCUGGAUAAGUUGAGUGAAUCUUUUCUGGAGUGUUGAGUUCAGAGGAUCAUCUUGAUAGAGGAAAUUAGACCAAAUUCUUCUACAUUUCUAUGGUUCUAUCACUGUCCUGUUUAUCUGAGUCCAUUAUUAUUUAUUUCUCUUAUAACACUGAGUGCAAAAAUGAGGGGUGUGUGUGUUUGUGGAAACCAGUUUAGUAAAGAAUAAAUAAAUGUGUUUAUCUUGGACACACAAUGUGCUUCAGUUCGUUGAGUUUUGAUCUUUAUUUAAAUCAUGCAUAGCUUCUUAUUCUCUAUCCCACCCUCUCAAAUGGAUCUUGCACAUAAUAUCAAGCUCAUAUGGAGUACACACUCCAUAUUCUCUUCUGGCAUGUAAAGUUAAACCAGCUUGUUUAUAUAAUCUAAGUACUUGUCAGUUUGUGCUUUUUGAGUGUUGUGUGCAAUUCUGUUUGCUUAUGUAUAUUGUCAGUAUGAGUAGAUCUUUCGCCAACCUGGCUGGCUGUGCUUUUGCUUUGUUAAUACUAUAAUCAGAUUGGUUGGGAGACAUAAUGAUCAUAUAACCAAACAACUACACUGGCUUCUUUUGCAAAAAUAAACUAUUUGUAUAUCCAGUGCUGUACUGUGUAUAUCUGCCUCUAUGACAAAGCACACUUUAAAGACGACAGAAGACAAUCUACACAUAUCAGUGAUAAUGUGUUUUGCUGUGCCUUGCACAAAUCAACCUAAAAUCUCUUGCGUAGGUUGGGAAUGAGUAAAAUUGAGUGGAUCACACUUGCAGUGAUGGUGUGACUAAUACAUAGCAAAGUAGUAUGGGUCAUAUCUAUCAUUCUCCAGUGGCUAGUGCAAGAGUCCUUGCACUAAUGGAUGGGCAAAGUUGCACAACAAAAUAUUCCACCUAGGAAUUGCACUAGCAGAAGCUUCUUACUCAACAAUAGAUUUUUGUUGAACAACCUUAAGUCAUGUACUUGUGUUUUCUCUUGCACCACAACACUAUGUGACUUUAACUUAGUGUUGCACUGGAUACAGUUCUAUGUAUAAUAUCCUUUAUAAUGUUUCAAAUAUGUUCGUGCAUUGCAGUGGGUUGGACUAGAUGACCCUUGUGGUCCCUUGAAAUUCUACAAUUAUAUGAUUCUACCACAUUAACAUUUAGAUCAUGAGAAAUGUUACUAUGUUCUAGCCAAACUUUGAUGCAACCAGAUGAUUGCAAAGUGAUAGCAAUGGAAGAAUCCAAGCUCGUAGUUGCUAGUACUUAGCAUCUGUUUUUCACAUUAAUUUCAGAAUAUAACCUACUGUCAAAACAUGUGAAAGACAAGUAGGAAGUUAGGUUUUGUACAUUACCUUACAGGGUAUUGAAGUAGUUAUAUUCACAAAUAGAAGAGGUUAUUUUUGUUGUUGAUCUGGAGACGUUCCAAAUUUUCUGUACAUAAGGUACAUAGGACUAGACAAAUAUUGCUUUUCAGCCUCCAGCAACAAAUAAUAUACCAACCUUUACUCAUAUUAUCUUAUUUUAGUUACAGAGGUAGAAUCUACACACGUAUAAAAAACUCUUGUGAAAGUGUUUUUUUAAAAAAUGUUUUGAAAAAUACAUUGAAUUUUCAUAGCUCACUGUUGCCAUCCAAUAUGUAUUUGUAUAUUGCACUUUGCAACACAUUUAAAACAUUUUAUUUGCAGCUGUAUAGCUGAGUCCUUAGUGCCAUUACUCCCUGUAAUUGCACCAUAAUGGCUGUGCUAGUUGAUGCUGCUAGUUAAUUUGCCCCCCAGCAGCGAUCAUUGCAGAGGUUGGUACUGUCCCAUUGGAUAUGUCAGGCACACUGUCACUCACUCACAAAAGAACACAAAGUCUGGAAGUGUCUUUAUGGUCAGUGAAGGUCUGCUAGGAUUGGGCCGAUUAAUUUGGAGAAGCUAUAAUUUUUAUCCAGCUGAUCUCCAGGUGAAUUUCUUUUGAAAUAGUAUGCAUAAUAUGCAUCCACCAGAGGAGAAUAAGAGGACCUAAUUCUCAGUGGUAUACUGGAAGCCCAUAUUUCUUAUAUCUAACCUUCCCCUCUUUUUUUGUACUGAAAAGACAAGUGAUACUGAACGGAAUCCUGGAAAGAUACACGAGUGAAUGUAGUUUUCCUUUGGGGCUUAUCCACACGUGCCUUUCCUCUGCUCUUUCCAGGCGUGGUCUGCACUUUAAAGCUCCAUGUCCAAGUGCCCGUCCUUUUUUUGCUCCAGAGUUUUCCCCAUGAAACCCCAUUCUUAAAAACUGAAUCAGAGUAAAUGGCAGUCCCUCUACCUUUUGACAUAAAUGCCAUUUUAAAGUAUAUGGUGUUGAAGGUGGGUUUGUGGAUUGUUAAUUCUUUGUGCAAUUGUCCUACCCUUUCAAAGUACUGGACUGGGUGUAUUCUUGCAGCUAGUUCACACAUUACAUCUACCAUUUGUCUCUGUGUUGUAUGAAGUAAUUGAACAUUAGGUCAACUGUGAAGUCAUGCUUGUGUGUAGCAAAGCCAGAGCCUGCUGAAUUAGGGAAGCUUAGGUUUCUGAAGUUGAACCAAAUUCAACAAAUGUACAAAUGCAGUGCUUCUCUUUUCUGUUUCAUCUUUUGUUGCAGGGAUAUAAAGCUACAGUUGUUCCUGCCAUCUUCUGCUGUCGGUUAAUAGAACAGACAUGUUCAGCCCAAACUAGAGAAAUUCACAACUUUGGUGAACAGAGACUUGUGCAGUAUGUUCUGUACCAAACUGAAAGACCUGAAGAUCACUGGCGAGUGCCCUUUUUCAUUAUUGACCCAAAGUGGGAUUUCAGAUGAAAAUGAGGAUGAAUGUGCAGAAGUGCCAAAUAGUUCCAAGGCUGCUUUGCCAAUUUGCAGAGAAAAGACUACGCACGGGAACCUUCCACAAAGGAAAACCAGCAGGAGCCGAGUGUAUCUGCACACUUUAGCUGAGAGCAUCUGCAAACUCAUCUCUCCUGAGGUAUAAAUUAUUAUGAUGCUUUGAUGAAAGUAGUCUAAAAGACCAUUCUAAGGGAGGUUUUAGAAGAAUGCCUUUUAAGCAAUAAUUUUAAAAGCAAGACAAAUCUUCACUUGAUGAACGCUCCUUUUCAAACUCUGUUCUUGACGUUGGGUUCUGUUUUCAUUUCUAAUUAUGCCUAAUCCUGUAGUUUGAAACCUUUUGCAUUUAUUUAAUCUUACUUCACUACAUCUUCUGUGUUUAGGGAAAGGAAAAGAAGGAUGAUUAAAAGCAACUCAAAUAUGAAAUGUUUACUCACACAUUGAUUUAGCAGUUACUUAGCAAAAUUUAAAGAGGUUAGCAACCUAUGUGAAGUAAGGGUGGAUAAUAUUUUGUGCCAGAUGAACCAUGGCAACAUCUAGAUGGAGCAGGUUUACUCAGAUUUAUUCCAUGUCAGGGCACCUUAAUUUAUUAUAGCAGUGAAUUUGUUGCAGCAUUGAUUAGAGAGAUGCUUUCUGGAGCUUAUUGCCAUUCUGGCAUACUAACAUGUGAAAGUUCGGAACCAUGUGAGUGGGCACAAUCACAUAUGUCUUUCCCAACCAAACAUAUCCUGUAAGGAAGAGGUAAGAUGAAGGAUCUUUGCAACUGGCCUGCUGCACUUGGCUUUCUAAUUUUUUGAUGACAAAAUAGGAAGCCAUGGGGAAGCAGCUGUGGUAACAAAUGAAAAACCCAGGAUUGCAAUCCCGUUAUCACAGCCAACCACCAAGUUAUGUUUUAGACCACAUCUCAAAAAACAAAAGAUAUUGUAGAGCUGGAAAAGGUGCAUGGAAAAGAACUACUCAAAACCACCUAGUUUUAAUGGAAAACAGUUGGAGCAACCUACAUAUAAAUUGGUACAAUAUUGAAAAAUUGAUGUGUAGAUAAGUGUGGCUUACACUGAGCACAACAGAGGGGGUGGUGUCUGUCAUCUCAUCUACUGAGCACUGUAGAAGGAAUGAUUGCUAAAGCCAUAGUGUGGAUAGAGGAUUGCUGGUUAAUAAUAAUAAUAAUAAUAAUAAUAGCUGUGGAAACUGGAAAGGGGGAAAUGAAAACUUAUGGAUUAUAACCACAAACUUUCAGUCCAGAAAUCCAAUAUACUAUUAAGGGCAAGGGCAAUUUUGCUAAUUGGAUGCCAAAUCUUUACAUGCUCUUUAUUACACAUCUCGGCCCCUGCUUUUUACGGAAUGUGUUUUUUUAGUCUUCUCCCCAUUGUAGUUGUAGGAAAGGCAUCCAUAACUCAAAACCAGUUUAUAAAUCCAUGGGAGAGUGUGACAAGAAGCAAAUUUAGUGGGCAAUGCAGCAAUGUCUAAAAGCAUUCCUUAGUGAGACAAGUAGCUUCCCAACAUUGAGUCAGACUAAUGGUUCAUCUGUUUCAAUGCAGUCUAUCCCAAAUAUCAUCAGUUUUUUGGAUUCACUGAAGCAUAGAUCUUUUUCAUUGCACCACUGUAUGGGGUUCUUUAAAAAGCAAUUGGGCAAGUUGUCUUCCACAUGCAAAGUAUACUGCCUACCAGGAGUAAGGUAUAAUAUUCAUGCUGCUGUCUUUUAAUUAAGGGUGCUUAAGCUUAAGCUCAUUUACCUGAGUGUAAACUCAAUAAGACUUAUUUCUAAAUAGACAUAUAUAGGAUUGUGCUGUAAAAUAUAUACUAAAAGAGACAUCUCAUUUUGUUAUAUUUAAUGUUACAUAAUGUUAAUGUAUAUACUGAAAUGAUAGGAUUCAGAUAUAACCAUAGAACCUUUAUUGUUGCCUCUAGACUUGGCUUGCAGUUCAUUGAACUGGUACGCUGACUGAGAAAAUGUCCCAACAUUGCUUUCAAAGGUGCAGAUUGUUGCACGGGCAUUGACUACAUUAUAGGGGUGGGGCGGGGGUGGGAAUAUGCCUAUCUAUAAAAACUGGGGCGGAGAGAUUUCAGGCUUGCUGGAUUUACCAGCAAGCUUUGUUUAUUUCAGCAUCCUAAAUUAGAGAGAGGGAGUCAUUUAGUUGUUGCUGUCAUUAAAUAACUGAGGCAGAAACCCUUGUUGAUCUACUGCAAAGCACCCAGAGAUCUCCCAGUAGAUUGUGACCAGCUUUCUUUCCCCUGCCUUAGAUGGUCUUAGAUUUGUUUAAAAGUUACUAUCUCUCAUCACUGGAUGUACGCAGUUUCCACAUGGAAAACUCAAAAAACUGAGAAGGUGACUAUCGUGACUUGGAUCAACACAUGCUGCUUCCAUUGACGUCAGUGAAAGGUUGUGUGCAAAUAUCAUGGGGAGUGUAUAGUGUGGCCCAAAAUAGCAUUUGAUGAGAUUCAAGAUACUAGCAAAUUCAUGUGGAGCUUUGUUUGUUUCUUAAUUCGUUGGUUGGUUUGUUUUUUAAGAAUAUUGUAAGUCCAGACUCAAAUAAGGAGUUGGAAAGCGCGGCACAUAUUGUUUCUAUUUAGAUAUAAAUAUUAAUUACAUCUUGUUUUAAUAAGGUAUAACAUUCGUUCAGUUGUUCUUUUUAUUUCAAAUGUAGAACACAGCCUUCAUUACCAGUGUAGUUUUUUCAUGAGGCAGCAUGGACAUACUUCCAUUCUUCCUCCCAUAAAACUGCUGUCUACAAAGUUCUGUGUGUCACACAACAAGGUUAAUGAAAGACAAUAAAACAUUAUGUGCCCAAGCUUGGAGAUCCUUUCAUUUUCACAAUAUUCUCAUAUAUACUGACUCUCAUAUUAGGAGGCUAAAUAGAUAAAUAGUUCAAUCCUCUAUUGGGGAUUUCCUGCACUGAACAGGGCAUUGGACUAGGCGACUUACACAGCCCCCUCCAACUCUAUUAUUGUAUAAUUUGGGCAUUCUGAUACAUAUAUAAGUCCUGAGACACAGUUGACCAAACUUCAUUAUGUGUUAACUGAAGGGAAUUGCAGCAUUAUCUUUCUGUCAAAGAAAUACUUCAGUCCUGAAAGCUUCCAUGUGUUCCAUUUUCAUAAGUGACAUCUAUCCUUCAUUUCAAUGAACUGAGUCAAUACAGACACAGAUCACCUUCCUUCAUUGAAAUAAAUGGACAGGCACAUACAAAUGGGAAACUAUGCGUGCUCAUCAGAGCACUCCAUGAUUAAUCACUGAGUUGGAAGGGCUGAGGAGUAACGAAGUGUAUCCAGUGGAUAUGAGCACACUGCAUCUUCAUUUGUCCACAGUGGCAUGUGAAUAUGGACAGUAUUUGGAGAGUAACAUCUGUAGCUGGGCAUCUUAUCAACGGAAGGGGCUGUGUAGUAAAUUUCCAUAACAGUGAUACGGGCCCACAGUUGCUUGUUGUGUUAGUAUGGGAACUUACAAUGUGAUCUCCCUGAUCCAUAUCUAGUCUAGUGGCAGGUGCUUUGACACAGAAUGCUGGUCAUCUGAAAACAUCAGUCACAUUACACUACACCAUAAUGUAGACAGGACAAGUUGGGGACUCCAAUGAUCUACAAAUAGGUGUGCUCUAAUUUUGGAUAGAAUUGCAUUCUACCUUUAGUAUAAGGUUUGCAGCUCAUUCUAAUAUGAAAUUCUAAUAUAUGAAAUGCUUAAACUUGACAUUUGAAUUAAUAUGACUUUUCUCCUUUCAGUAUGAAAGGUUAUAUCUUGCAUUUCAGAGGACACUAGCAAAUAAUAAAAUAAAAGAAAUCAGGUAAGUUAAAUAAGUUAACUUUUUGCAACCAAUAACAAGUGCAAAAACCAAAUAGGAAGUUGGAUCCCAUUUACGGUAAUGACUGCACAGAUUAUAUAACAAGCCCCUAUGUUAGUGAAAUCAGGUACCAUAAAUGCCAAACACAGUCUUAAGUAUUAAGGUAUCAAACAAUUGUUCAACAUUAAGACACUGGAAACUUUUAUCAGUAUGUCAUUGUACCAAGACUGAAUUUUGAGCAGUAUUCCCUUUAGAGUUUUCCUCUCUCUAUUGCGAAGACAUUUUGUGUUUGCCUGUUCCUACAAAUGGGAGUUGCAAAGUUGUCCUUAGGCGUGAGAACUAAUAGCUUUAAAAAGUAGCAGACUUUUACUUUUAUUUAAAAAUAUAUUCAGCUAUAUAUUUCCCCUAAGAAAGGGAGGGGGGUUGCAUAGGAGUCAUGAAUCUUUAUAAUGAAAAUUCAAGUCAAAGCAGGGAUUGGACAAGGAGGCAAAAUUUCAUAGCAGUCUUGCCUAGUCUCUGAUCCUGCCACUCCUGGAAGCUAAAAUUCCUUUCUUAAUAACUUUUGUAGAACUUGAACACUGUGGCACUAUGAUUUUAAGCUAAUUAGCUGUGAAUCCUACUGAUAUUCAAGUGUAGGAUUUGCUUCCAGUUACUUGGCGGUGGUGGUGAAGAUACAGAAAGAUGCUUGUUCUUUUGCUAGUGGUUGUGUAGGAACAGAAUAGGUUGUAUGAGGAAGAGACACAAAAGCAUUGGCUUGCUUAAUUGUUUUUCUGCAAAAUUGCUUAGUUAGCAGAUAAGAAAGAGUAACUUAAUUUUUGAGUAAAUGGGAAUCUAAAGUUUUCUCAAAUUAACUUUGCGAAUUGGGUUGCUUAUCUGUUGUUUUAUUUUUUUCAGGUUUUAUUACCUGAAAAUUAAUUUUUACUGUGGAUUAGGUAGUUUUUAAAAUUCUGUUUUGCAUCAUUUAUAGGAAUUCUGAGGAAAGAGAAGACUUUGAAAAGCUAAUCACUGACCAUGCAAAUGCAUCAGGUAAUGAGAUAUCUAUGGCAAGCAAUUCCACUUAAUGCAAUUAGUUGAUGCUUAUUAAACAUUUGAAGUGGAAUAAGUUCUGCACACACCACUCACAUUUGUGACCAGCAAUAGUGAUGGAUCAUGUUGAUGCAGUUCAUAUUUUGAGGACACACUAGGAGAUAAUAAAUUACUUUCAGGGCUAACAGUGCAGUCUUCAUUAUAUGGUGUUGAUUCAACCUGGUUUUGGCUACUGUGGGAGAUUGACAAUACAAGCAGAUAUUUCCUAGUGCAAUUGUUAGUUUAAGAAAAUAUUUGUGUUGCAGAGGAUUUGUAUUUUCUAGGCACUCACUCAAACUACUUGGUUGCUGAGAAAAUGUUAUCCUUUCUGCUUUAUUGUGAUACUAAGUGCUUUGUGUCUAUUACAAACAAGCACAUCUGUUGCAAAAGUGAGUAUAUGUGCCUUUAAAAACAAGCUUCAUUUUUAAAUUUUUUUUAAAUUAUAUACAUCAGGAAUGGGAAACCUAUGGCCUUCAAUGUAUUCUUAAACUCCAACUCUCAUCAUCCCUGCCCUGGAACUGAUGGGAACUGGAGUCCAACAACAUCUGGAGAGUCAUAGAUUCUCCAUCCCUGCUUUAGAAGGAGAGCACUCCCUCAAGCAGCCCAUAAUACUUAAAGUGAUUAAAUAUAAACAAAUCUCCCUUCCUCCCCAAGUCAUUUGGUGAACCCUUUUGCUUUGUUAUUUUGCUUUUUUGGAUGGGUAGCUGCACACUCCUUCCUCUUUAGUAUUAGAGUACAGUGGUACCUUGGGUUAAGAACUUAAUUCGUUCUGGAGGUCCGUUCUUAACCUGAAACUUCUUAACCUGAAGCAGCACUUUAGCUAAUGGGGCCUCCCACUGCCGUCAUGCCACUGCUGCAUGAUUUCUGUUCUCAUCCUGAAGCAAAGUUCUUAACCUGAGGUACUAUUUGUGGGUUAACGGAGUUUGUAACCUGAAGUGUCUGUAACCUGAAGCAUCUGUAACCCAAGGUACCACUGUACACACCUCCUCUGCAAUGUCAUCUCUCUGUCAUGAGGUGAUACAUGAACAUUUUGGCAUUUCUCCUCUAGAACUUGCACGCAUACCACAUGUGUUGCUUUCCAGUGUACAAGUGCCACCUCAGACUCCAAAAUCCAUGUUUGCUACCAGAUGCUUACUUCAGCUCUUAGAUUUUAGUAAACUCUAAUCCACUUCUUUUUUGUCCAUCUGGAAGGACUCUUUUUCAUUGUCCUCCAUUAGAAAUGGUUACCAAUUUUUUGCUCAAAACAAAUAAGACGUGCAAAGUUGUUGUUACAACUUGUCCAAAUGAUUUCUAAACAGCUUACGACUAUUAAAUAAAUCCAUAAUUAAAAUUCAUUAAUUAACAUAUACAAUAAAACAAUUAAAGACGUAACAAUUAAAAGUUUAAGAAAUUUAAAAUAAAAUAAAAUUGCAAAGCAAAGUCAACAAGUACUUUGCUCCUACCAUACAAGGUUUUGUGAGAAUGAGAGGAGAUGCCUCCAGAGACUGAUCUGAAAUGGCUUUGUUAGUUUGAAGAUGUUUAAUAGUGGGAAACUGGUUUGGGGUGAAAGAAAAUGAAACGCAGAAGGAUUAAAAAAAAUCAAAGGCAUACUGAUUAGAAGAAUGCUGGUAUAAAAUGUUUUAACUUUGCAGGAGUUCCAGUAAACAUUAUGAAGGAAUCGCUUGGUGAAGAGCUUUUCAAAAUAUGCUAUGAAGAAGAUGAACAUAUCCUAGGAGUUGUCGGGGGAUCCCUCAAAGACUUUUUGAACAGUUUCAGUACUCUUCUGAAGCAGAGUGCUCACUGCCACGACGCAGAAAAAAAGGGUAGACUUGAAGAGGUCUCAAUACUGUGCUUGGAAAAGGACCCAGAUUUCUUAAACGUGUACUAUUUCUUUCCCAAGAAAACAACCAGCCUCAUCCUGUCCGGCAUUAUCAAAGCAGCAGCUCACAUUUUGUAUGAAACAGAGGUUGAAGUGACGGUGAUGCCCCCUUGCUUCUGCAAAGAUAGCGCUGAGUUUAUUAACCAGCCAUAUUUGUUGUACUCUGUGCAAGUCAAAAGUGCAAAGCCAUCCUUAUCUCCAUGUAAACCUCAGUCUUCUCUUGUGAUUCCUGCUUCUAUGUUCUGCAAGACUUUCCCAUUUCAUUGCAUGUUUGACAAGGAUAUGGCUAUUCUGCAAGUUGGCAAUGGUAUAAGGAGACUGUUGAGCAGGAGAGAAUUUCAAGCAAAGCCAAACUUUGAUGAGUGGUUUGAAAUCCUGGCCCCUAAAAUAAACUCCACGUUUAGUGGGAUCAUGACAAUGCUAAACAUGCAGUUUACUAUAAGAGUGAGGCGAGGGGACAGCACUCUUAAAAGGUCUACAGGGGUAAGAACAGGUUUAUCAUAUUUAUAUUUCUUAUUUUUUCAUCCCAUCUCUAAUUCAAGUGUGCAAAUGCAAUAGUAGCUUUGGAUGUAUUGCACAAGGCACUGAGUGAAUAACUAUGAAUGACUCCUCCCAUUUUGGGGGGCUUUGACAUUGGGAAUUUUGAAUUUGAAGUUUCUCCUCAUGUAAGUUUCUUUUCGUAGCAAAAGCGCAAAAAUGAAAGCAUAAAAAAUUCUUGCAUUUAUUUGUUAAUGCUUCCAUUAACAAUGGAAUGCCUGUUUGAAGUAAGCUAUUCUCCACUUGUUACAUUUAUUUUGGGGUCAUUCCACUUUGGACUGCAGGUGAAGGGAAUGCAUGUUUUAACAUUACCUCAUGAGGAAAAGACCCUGCUCAUGGAAAACAAGCGUAUCAGGGAGAAAGCUAGGUUAAAACUCCACCUUAAGAUAUAUUUCAAUAAGGAGGUUUUUUAAUAGCAAACCAUCACAGGAGAGGAUUUAAAUGUGUUGGCCUUUGCCAGAAAAUCUGUAGGAUAGCCUGUAAGCUGCAUCCAGACCCUACUCUGAGUUUUCUAGCUCUUACUGACCCCUAUUUGUGCAUGUGAGGUGCCUCUCCUUACCAAAUUACCCAGUGGGAACAAUAGUUGUUAACUUCCACCUAGUAGAGGGACAGCCCCUAUUUAUCUAAAGAGGUGUGAGAUUUGUGAUUUUAUAAUUUUAUAAUCAUUGAGCUUCUAACCCAAAGCAGGUUGUCUGGAGAGAGUUUGGUACUAUGGCUUAAUAACUUGGCUAUCGCUGCAUUAGUAAACUUCCAUGAUGCACCAGAAGUCUCACAUCACCUCGUCUUUCUCUCAUUGUUUCAGGUUAUGGACCUUAAAGGACAGAUGAUCUACAUCUUUGAGUCCAGUACCAUCUUGUUCUUGGGAUCCCCCUGUGUGGAUAGACUAGAAGACUUUACAGGACGUGGCCUCUAUCUUUCAGAUAUUCCGAUUCAUAAUGCACUUAGGGAUGUUGUUUUAAUAGGAGAACAAGCCCGAGCUCAAGAUGGACUGAAGAAAAGGCUAGGAAAACUUAAGGCCACUCUUGAGCAGGCACACCAAGCCCUUGAAGAGGAGAAAAAGAAGACAGUAGAUCUUCUGUGCUCUAUUUUCCCCGGAGAGGUUGCACAGCAGCUGUGGCAAGGACAAGUUGUACAGGCCAAGAAAUUUAAUAAUGUGACAAUGCUUUUUUCUGACAUCGUAGGGUUCACUGCUAUCUGUUCCCAGUGUUCACCUAUGCAGGUUAUCACAAUGCUCAAUGAGCUCUACACUCUCUUUGAUUACCAGUGUGGAGAGCUGGAUGUCUAUAAGGUAGAGAAUUUAUUGCACCAAUUUGUCCUCCUCGAGAGGGGAAUCAAGCUUGUAAGGUUAUUUGAGUGAUAUAAUGCAACUUAGAGAGGAUGGUGUUAAUCUGGAAUAAGUCAUUUAACAAAUUAUAUACUUAAGAAUGCAAUCAUCGGUGCAUUUAAUGUGGAGUAGCUUCAUUGGCACUAUUUAUGAGUUAAUGCCUCCAGGACUGAUGAUAGAACCUCAUGGAUGGUGGAUGAAAGAUAAAUAUUUUGACAUUUUUGUCAUAAUGAAAGAGUAAAGCAGAUUUUACAGCUCAAAAUAAUCUGCUCCAGCAGCCGGCAAGUUGCAUCUUGCAAUUAGCACGUCAAAACUCAAGUUCAUGUGAAUCUCAAGUGGGUGGGUGCGCUUUGGAGGGGACAGAGUUAUGGACAACCCUUCCAAGUGUGUUCUGUGUUUUCUUCAUGUGAUUUUACUUGUAUUCUAAGUUAUUUAUUUUAAUGUUCAGGUAGAAACCAUUGGAGAUGCAUACUGUGUGGCUGGAGGCUUACACAAGGAAAGUGAGACCCAUGCUAUUCAAAUUGCAUUGAUGGCUUUGAAAAUGAUGGAGCUGUCCAAUGAAGUGAUGUCUCCACAUGGAGAGCUCAUCAAGGUUAGCAUGUUAUCUCAAAUUCACUAAACUACUGAUAUUUUAAAUACUAGCUGGUAGAAAAAAAUAUUCCUUAUUUUCAUUUUUUAGUGAAGUAUUACCUAAAAUGCUUUUCUUUCACAGUGAUUUAAUUUACCUCAUGACCAGUGCUCUAAAUUCAUUUGUGCUUUUCUGUGCAGAAUUGGGACCAAACCAGGUGUGAUGUGAAAGAUCCAUGAUCAAACCACCUAUAUUUUAGAAUUUGUUUCAUAGUAUUUGUAGGGUGGGAGGUGUUCUUUUGAGGGCCGGAGAAGGUGGUUUUAACCCUUCCCUCAUGCUGCUUUCCCACAAAAGUUUCUACUUGCCCCACAAAUACUUGAUUUGUGGUGGUGACACCUUUGAUACUGGCUUAGCUGAUGUGUUGCCACUGGAUGUUCAGUUGCUCAGAGUACAAAGCAGUGUGAAAUCCAGAUUCUGUGAAGAAAGAGAAAGUUGUGUUUGGCUAAAAAGAAACCCUCACACGGGGUCAGACUGAGGACAAGGAAGAGUCCUAGGAUGUGGGGAAGUUAUGACAUAGAUUGUCCCAAACCAAGGGGGCUGAAGAAAAUGAGAAAGAGCAGAGUAAGAAAUGAACCAAGACAGGAAGUUGAAGGAAUGAUAGGUGGCUUGGGAAAAGGGCAGGGGAGAUGGAACUGAGAGAAGAAGAAGAUAAGCAGCCUGAAGGAAAUUAUGGCUGGGGGACCACAGUGCUUCAAGUCACUGUUUAAAGUCAACUGCUUAAAACUAUUGGCUACCUCUGUCCAAAAGGACUGGUAAGGUCAGGGGGCAGGAUUGCUAAAGAAAGUCAGUCCAAGGUGUGGAGGUCAUAGGCGUUAUUCCAGCUGCUGUUUCUAUGGCAGCAUUAUCACCUGGCAACUUUUAGAGAGUAAUGAGAGCCCUAAAGGGGCCAAGGACUGAGUUUUAAAUAUCGAUCUGAACUGCACACCACUUUCUUUGGCUGCAAGAUUCUACAGAAAAGAUAAAUAUGCCUUGGCAGGAAAAAAAAAUUAUGUUUGGAAGAUUUAUUUUCAGCCCAGGCAGCAUGUGAACAUGAAUCACCAAGUGGACAUUAAUAAAAAUCAGGAGAGCACUGCUGGUGUGCUAAGCUCAUCUUGCAGUCACUGUUCUUGCCUUCCAGUACAGUUACCAAUGGCCUUUCUCACAAAGACACUUUGUCUAGCCAGAAUCUCAGGGCUAUCAUUCUUCCCAGACUGCUAGAAUUAAUCUCCUUUUCCACUUGAGUUUCCACUGGUGUCUCAUCAGCCCUCACAGACCUGAUCCUAGGCUGACAUCCCCUCUACUUUUCUGUCUCUUCCUCUGUUUUAUCUCCUUUUCCCAGCAGGACAGUUUCCCACCCUGAGGCUGCAUUCACAUGGCAGUUUAUUCCAUGUCCUUGAUGCUUUCCUAACGCUGAGAUUUCAGACAACGUAAGAGCCACUUCCAGAACUAUAGUGGAAUAUAGUGAACUAUAGAAGAAUACAGCACAUGUUUAGCAUUCAUGUCCAUUUUAUUUACAAAUGGAUCUCUUCUGGAAGCAAAUUACAUGGAAGUGAGCACUAAACUUGUACUAUAUUCCACUAUAGUUCCACAAUGCAACCUAGCAGUACAUGUCAUAGAUAGUGCUAUUGGGAAAUGUAGCCCUUAGACUCCACAGUCCUAUUCCAUAAUGUUAGAUUUUCCAAGAAAGGGACUAGUGUGUUAUCUGUCCCUAACAGCUGGCAUAUGGGCUUAGCUCUUGGACCUUAUCAGUAGAGGUUGUUUACACUUAAUGUUUUCAAUACACUUAAUAAUAGUUAACUCUUACAAUAUUUGACACUUGCUGUGUAAUUGUAUUCUAUCUCAAAAGCUAUCUCAAAAGCAGACUAAUAAUAUCCUAAAUUGAGUUUUCAUUACUGUUAAUCAGCAUUCCUCUCGAAAGUCCCCUUGGUACCCAUAAAACCACAUUAAUGUCACUAUGGAUAGCUCAGUUGGGAGAGUAUGAGACUCUUAAUCUCAGGAUUGUGGGUUCGAGUGCCACGUUGGGCAAAAGAUUCCUGCAGUGCAGACGGUUGGAGCAGAUGGUUCUCAUGGUUCCUUCCAACUCUACAGAUCUACAAUUUAAUUAUUUAUCCCUUGCUUUCUUGUGGCCUACUAAGUAUGAAGCAUCUGCCUAGUUUUAGGGAUAGCAUGAAGAAAAGUAGUCCGUGCCUCACGAGGUAUUGUACCUUGCAACUCAGCAAAUCCAAAAUUGGUUGUGGUUUCACUAUAAUAUGGGAGGCACUUGGCUUUGCCAGUUCUCUAAAAUUCCAAAGGCACUGACCCCUCCAACUCUUGGGUAACACCUGUGAAAUACACUCGGGUGGAUUUCAUGCUCUUUAUUCAGCUCAUAGUGUGAGGAGGAAUGGAAGUUCCCCCAGAAUGUCUGAUUUAUAUACAUUAUUUACACAGUGGGCCCCACGUGAUUGGCUAAUUCCGGGAUUCUCUUGUAGGCCAAUCAGGUUGCGGAUUCACUUCCACCUGGAGCUGGAUUGGGUGGCUCCUGUGGACCAAUCAGACUGCUGCAUUCGGAAUCCUAUUGUUCUAGGACCAAUCAGACUGCUGCAUUCUGAAUCCUAUUCAACUCAGUAUAUAACAACCUGCCUUCUGUUUUCUGGGCUUGAUCACUUCACUAGCAGGUGGAUGGAUCCUAGUUGAGAGAAACAUUUACAUAUUUAUCUAUUGAUUUCAGGCUGCUAGGAAUUGGAAAACACGUAUGCAUCGCAGAGUAUUUUGUUUGAUUAUAUUAGUAAAAGUUUGAACUGUGAUUUGAAUAUGCUUCCAUCAGUCAAUGCAGGCGUUCUCUUGAUCCUUUGGGCUUGUGUUAAGAACUUUCAAGUGAUUGCCAACGCCAGCCUGUAAAUUAGGAGACUAUUCCUUGAACAGUAAUGGUAUUCUGAUUGCAGCUUUGUACAUAAUUUCUGCUAUGCAAUAUGCCCUUGUUUAUGAACAAACUGCAAAGAAAAGACAGUGUGCAUGUAACUCUUGAGAGGUGUUUGUUUUUGAGGAUACAAUAUAAAUAACUAAUUGUUCUAGCUGUAAACAAGCAGCAUUCUGCAAAGUAUUUUGUUGGACAUGGAAGAAUAAAUUGGCUGCAUAGUAUUUAUCCUUUAAAUGUAAUUGUAGAAUACAGAACAGGAUUGUAAGUCAUGGUAAGUGCUUGAUUUGAGGGGAAGCCAAGAUGAAAGAACUGUUGAAAUAGUCUUAAAAUUUGAGAAACACAAUCUCCCACAAGUUCCUAAGCUAGAGGUUAGUGGACUCAUUUCUCAGAAAAUAGUCCACAGAACACCAGCUCCAUUUGUCCCAACAAGGUUUGCUGGACAAGAACAAAACCAAAACUAAUGUUCUGCAACAACCGUGCCUGUUGGACUACACUCAGACAUUUCUGCACAAACAUGCUUUGUUUUGACUAAUGGUUAUGCAGAGUAUCAAAAGAAGUUUUCUGUUGUUACCAUCUGACUACUACUCUUCAAAUUGCACUGCUCAUAUUCUGGUCAUAAUCCACAAUGAUUGCAAACGAGCUAAUAAAACUUACUGCGACUUUGAUAGUUUGAUUUUUGUCAAGUGUAACUGUCAAACAACAUUAUAUAUCUUCUUUUGUUUUCAAAAGAUGCGCAUAGGUCUGCAUUCCGGCUCAGUCUUUGCUGGCGUCGUAGGUGUUAAAAUGCCGCGGUAUUGCCUAUUUGGAAACAACGUAACACUUGCCAACAAGUUUGAGUCUUGCAGCGUUCCUAGGAAAAUAAAUGUCAGCCCAACAACCUAUAGGUACAGUAGUUUACUAUGCAAAGUUCUUAUACUAUGCAAGUGGUGGCUUGUUAAUCACUUUCACAUUUAUCUGCAGCUUUCCCCCCUUUGCAAAGUACCGCAUCACAUUCUAUGACAUGGUUCUAUUGAAUUAGCAGAACUGUGGGGAGAGGUUGGAAGAGACUGUUUGUAUUUGGAUUUUGUGCUUGUUGGCUUUGUGCAAUGCUCAGCAAAAGAACCACUGUCAGGAAUGGACAAACCUGAAUGUUAUGGAAGGUUGAAUAAAAUGAUCAAACAGUGAUGUAUUUUAAUUUCGUAUUGUAUGCUUUUUGCAUUUUCCUUUUAAAUUGUAAGUCACUUUGAGACUUUUUUUUUUUGCUGUAACCAACAAGCAAAACAAUAACAAAUAAUAGAGUCUUAUUACCUAUUAUUUCCUGCAUUUAUUAACAAUUGUAUGAUUUGCAGUACAAUAAAAACUUACAUAAAACAAUUCCAGAUACAAGAAUAGUUAAACAAUUGCACAUACAUAAACCUAGCACAUUUGAAAAGGUAAGCAGGGUCAGUUAUGAUUUCAAAUUGGAUGGGGAACCAUGUGGUUGAGAUUCCUGCUUUGCAGGGGGUUGGACUAGAUGACCCUCUUUUGGUCCCUUCCAAUUUGCUAUUCUAUGAAAAACAUUGUUUAAAAAAAGCGUAUACAACAAUUAAAAACAAGCAGAUACCCUUUGAUUCCAGUAAAACCUUGUUCGGAUGGGAAGCCUAUAUGACCUAGCAAUUUGUGUUGAUGGCAGAUACAGCACACCAUCGUGCAUAGAAAAUUAGGGAUCGCAGCACAAUGUGAUCCAUAAUGAAGUGAAGUAAGAUGUUAUGUCACUUGCAUUGAUACCACCAAUGCAGUAGUUUAAUACAUGCAUAAAGCUUUGCUGUGCAGAAUUCACUUGUCCUCGGGCUUUCAUUCUCUUCAAUAUCAGAGACAGAUAUAUGCAUAUAUUAGAAACGUGAGAAGAAAUUCUCCAGAUCUUUGCAUUGCAGUGGUUAGUUCAGAGUGAAACUGUCACCCUCCCAUGCAAAAAAGCAACAAAUAUGAAUUUGUUUUGAUAAUAUUGAUCACCAUUAUUUAAAGGUUACAUGUAUAUUAUAUUUAACCGCAUUUCAAUUUUUCUUGCAGGUUACUAAAAGAUUAUCCAGGAUUUGUAUUUACUCCUCGUUCAAGGCAGGAACUUCCUCCCAACUUUCCAAGUGAUAUUCCUGGGAUCUGUUACUUUCUUGAUGCUUACCUACAAGGAACAAAUUCAAAGCCCUGGUUUCAAAAGAAAGAUGCUGAAGAUGGAAAAGCAAAUUUCUUGGGGACACCGACAGGAGUAGACUAA